GAUACUGGAGGGUAUUUCAUAUAAAAGAAGUACGUGAUACAGGUAUCUUUGGAAAGAAUUUCUGUUUUGCUGUCAGACUUUCCUUCUGCAUAACUGCUUUGGUUUUUGUUCCCAUGAUUUGGUCCAAGUGUAUUUAUUACGAACAUACUCACUGGCUCGCUUUUCGAUCAUUAACUAUCGCCAACUGAAAACCACACAAGUUACAUUACGACAUAAUCUAACUGGUCUCGUGAGUUCCGUGUCGGAAGUAGUAGUGAGAUAUUCACAAUUCCAGACCAUUCAACAGGGACACAAGAAGCGGCAAGACCGUUGACCUCCAGAAAUUUCCCCAAGAUAUUGCCGAGAAUAAAAGGGGUACAAUGAUCACAUCAACUUCCUCCUCCUCGACCGAGGAACUCAAAUUCUACAUGCACCCCCAAGAAACCAUCUCCGAAACUCUAAUUCCAAGCCUCUACAAAAACCUUCCACACAGCAAUCCCAUAUACAACCGGAUGCUCGCUCCCCACAACACACCCUCUAGACACUGUCUCUUUGCCGCCACCUUUCGCCCACAGGCUCCAAUCCCCGAAAUCUACACCAUCAUCUUCUCCGAUCGAUCCCGCAAGACCGAAUCUCAGAUCUGGAUUUUCAACCCUCUAAUCACACCUUCCUACGCACAACCUCUCUCCAACAAAAACACAUCUCUUCUUUCCAGCCAUCUCCAAACCGCCCUCCUAUUCUUAAAAAACACUGUUAUCCCUAACGCUCCCGGAUAUCCCUUCGAUCCCAUCCUCCGAUUCGCAUGUGUACACGAAACCAUCACAAACACUCUAACAAUCCUCGCAUCCCAAAAGCCCACAUCCACGCCCCUAAUCCCCUACCAUACCCGCUGGAACCUCCACCUGAUCCCCACAUCACCGACCCCCAAGCUCUCAGCAACCGCACCCCCAUCCUCCCUCAGCCUCUCCCGCGUCCCAGCCUCCCAACUCACCCUCGUAACCUCGACCUCCAGCAUCCCGCGCGAGCCCUCCACCCUGCUCACCCAGCCCUCUCUCUGUCUCCUGACCCCGGAAUCCGAGAUGGUAGCUUGGGCUUUCAUAGGAAUUGACGGCACGCUAGCAACUCUUUACGUACUUCCUUCGCACCGUGGUCUGGGUCUCGCUACCUAUGUUGCUCGGGAACUCCUUCGUCGUUUCGGGCUGGGAGAAUUUGCAGACUUGGGGUUUAAUGGGGCAAGCGGGUUUAUACAUUCGGAUGUGAAGGAAGGGAAUGCGGGAAGCGAGGGGGUAAUGAGAGCGUUGGGAGGAAAGAGGAGUUGGGAGAGUAGUUAUCUUCGGGUUGAUUGCGCGGUGGUGGAUGAGAUUUGUGAAUGAUCUAUGGAUAGGUGGACAGAUUUUUGAUUUAUUGAAGAGCUCUGGCUUCAGCUUUUCAAGUCUGGGGGUGCUCGAGGGAUCAAAUGAAAGAAUUUUAGUACA